GUAUCUUUCAUCGAGUAUACAUGUCUGGCCGGUCACCUCAUUCCAUCCCGCCCAUGGUUCAGGCCGUACAUGCUCAAGCAACCCAAGUGCAGGUGGUUGUGGCACACCCCACCUGACCUGUUGCUUUUCGACUGCAGUGCUCUCCUGAGCCCGACCUCUCUCGCGCUCAUCAUAUUUCGUUGCUCGACAUUUCCUAAGAAUUGACUGAUUACGAACUGAUACAGCCUUCUUCACGAAUGACUAGACGCGAUACGGCCUGACUCUUUCAGCAGCGCCACCAGAUCGGUCUGCGUUGACCUUCUUCUACCCUAAGGUAUCUUCCACCGCCCCUAUAUCUAGGCAAGCGACCUAGAUACGAUUACUCACCCCGCCUCCCGUAACGACAAUUCGACGAUGCGGACUCCUCGGGUGGCCAUUCUUGUGCUUUUCUUCUCCGCCUCCUUCUUCCUCGUCUGUCGUUCUAUCAGUUCCACCCGGCGACCGAGUCAUGCAGUGAAGCGGUUGACAGCCCCGAAGUCAUCCUUCCGGGCCUUGUUCUCAUUCAGUGCCCCCUUCUCUCUCUUUCCGCCAAGCGCUGCCAUCAGUCUCACAGACGACAACAGCACCUUCUUCCCUGCCCGACCCGCCGCCUUUGGCCCUCGUUUGCCCAACAGCGGAUUGAGUGGGCAGUUAUGGAUAGGCAGCGGCUUCUCCGAAGAAAGUCUUCAGGAUGGCGAGGGGGAAGGCGAACUAGGCUGUAGCGAUAUUCCGGGAUGGGACGACGGACAACACAAAGCGGCUAUGAACGCUGCGGUCCAGCCCAGCGAAACGGCCAGCCCCACUUCUAAUGAGCGGAAGAGCCCAGGCAGUGAAGAUCUGGAAAAGGAUCCUGUGGUUGACGGGGACACGGUCCGAAAGAAGAUAUCCGAAGCUCAGCCCAAGACUGUAAAUGACGGGACAGACGACUACCUUCACCAAGGGUUCCAGCGAACUCGGAGCCCCAAUAACGAAGGUCCUGCUACCUCAGAUGCGAGCCACGCCGAUAUCCAGUCAAUCCAAGAGACAGCAGAAAUCACCGGAAAGGUUGUUCUACUGAGCCGGGGCGGCUGUGGCUUUCUUGAAAAGGUCAAAUGGGCUCAACGCCGAGGAGCCAUUGCUCUCAUCGUCGGAGAUAACCAAAAGGGUGGGCCUUUGAUCCAGAUGUUCGCGCGAGGCAACGUUGACAACGUUACAAUUCCAUCGGUUUUCACUUCACGCACGACUGCCCACCUCCUUUCGUCGCUUAUGCAGCCAGGAAGUCUCAACAGGGACCCGCUGGAAGAUAUCCGGAAUCCAAUGCCCGGCGCUCAGCAGUCUCCCAAUCCAACAGACCGUGAGAAGGUGGACAUGGUGGCGCCACGUACCCGAGACGCGUCAAAAAUAACAGCUGCGACAACCCCCUUCAAUGAUAACCUCAACGUAGGACGGAGGGGAUGGUUGUCGCGAUUAUUUCCCUCAGGGAACCGUCAAGCCCUCUAUUCUGAUGCGAGUCGACCUCCACGCAGUGGCCAACUUGACUGGAUUGCUGCUGACAAUCAGAAGGAGUCGAAUGACAAGGUCAUCAACAGCGGGUUUCCCAAGGCAGGAAAGAACGGCGCGAAGGGGUCUGCCGAGGCUGCGGACGACGCCUUUGAGUGGCAAGAUCCAGAUCUAAUCGGAUCUACAGCAGAACGCGAUGGGGAACCUACACCCGACAAGUCUGCCAACGGACAAAAUCAGUCUAGCAACCUGGGCGCUUCAACUGAGAAAGCGGGCAGGCCUGGCCACGGUCCGUCUGCGGAUGCCGACGGACUGAAGGGUGGAAGUAUCAUCCCAGGCAGCGGCGAGUAUAUACCGAGAGUCGUGGAUGAGCCUGUCACACCAGGCUCCGGAGAGUCUACUUCCUCUUCGUCUCCAGCCACAGUGCCACCUCCAAGCCCUCCGGGGGUCGACAACAGUGAGACUCGCGAAGGCCUCUGGGUCACGAUUACACCUACCGGCAGCGCCAGCCCCUUCUUCGAUACUCUCCUAGUUUUGGUAAUCAGUCCUCUGAUUACACUGACGGUCGUCUAUGCUUUGCUUGUUCUAAGAGUGAAGAUCCGAAUGAGGAGAUGGAGAGCCCCCAAGUCAGUGGUGGAUCGGCUCCCGGUGCGUACCUACCAUACGGUCGCCCCCUCGACCGCUCAGUCCCCGAGAGCGCCGUCACCUACAAGCUCUUCGCCCACAACCCCACUAUUGCAAGGCUCGUCCCGACCGCGGCCACGAUCUCGCACCACCACGGAAGUUCCCGAGGCCGGUGACCUUUUUGGGACCGAUGACACCCCGGAGACGGCGACGCCGCCUUCCCACCCAUCCAGCAAGUGGAAGAAGUACAUGGGUAGGCAAGUGGAAUGCGUUGUCUGCUUAGAGGAAUACAUCGACGGUGUUAGCAGGGUCAUGAGCCUACCCUGUGGGCAUGAGUUCCAUGCUGAGUGCAUAACCCCAUGGCUCACGACGAGACGACGCACAUGUCCUAUCUGUAAGAGUGACGUCGUUAGGUCCCUGGCUCGUGGUUCUUCAUCGGAGCCCUCGUACGAAGCGUUUCGUGAGGAAGAGUAUCGGCGUAAUCGCCUAUAUUCCGCCACCACUUACCAACCCUUGAUCUCGGAUCCAGGACGGCUUGUUGACCUUGAGCGAGGGCCUACGUGGACACACGGAACUCGACAAGAGCUGCAACACGAAAGCCGCAACGAAGUCUGGGCUACUCUCCUCGCAAACAAUUGGGGAGAGAGCUCGUCCUUCUCGUCCAGGCGAGAAGGUUCUGGUGAUAAUCAUGGCCGUUGACACGACAGCCUAUCUAGGCUGUUUUACGGCUGACUCGACAACGAGUAUGUCCUGAUAAGGCGUUAAUGGUGGCUUUUGUUGUAUUGCGUACUCGCAUUGAUGAUUUGAAAGGGAUAUCGGCGCUUUGAGCAGGGCUAUGGUUGGGAUGGCAGUGGACACUCGCUUUGAUUGUAUACAUUGAUACCCCUUCCUACUGUCACUUGUCUGCCUGAGCAAUAGCAAGUGGCCGGCAGGUCGUAAGAGGUAGGGGUCGGAAAGGAAUGUGGAGUGUAAGACCUCCCAAGGUUGGCUCCAUAGUUGCGUUCUCGCCACUACGGCUAGCUCUUGGAAAGAGCUGCAUUGAUGAUAAUCCAAAAGUGUGUACCUUUUUUGAUAAACAUCUCUUCGG